GCCGCAUGGGACACUAACUAAGAAGCUAUAACAGUUGAUCCAGCUUGCCAUGGCGAGGCUAUUCACCAUCAUCUCCUCCUUCGCCGUCCUCCUCCUCCUCCUCAGUGAUGUGGGGAUGGCGGUGGAGACCGCCCCCAUAUCGCUCGGUAAUCUGGGGUUACUACCGCCCCCCAAACCGGCGGUCGCCGACGCCAACGUCAAAAGGUUUUGCGCCGACACGCCCUACCCGGAGGUCUGCGCCGACAUGAUCGCGCGCUACGACGAGAGCAAAGGCGCCGACGACAAGAAGCUGGCGGGGAUGGCGGCACUCACCACCGCCACCCUCCUUCUUCAAGCAUCCGGGGACGCGAGCCCGGGCGUUCAGAAGCAGCGCUACCCAGACCUGACCAAGGCCGACGAGGAAUGCUUUGAAACCUGCUACAAGGAGCUGACCAAUGGCGGCCAAAAACUCGACAAUUUGUGCACCAGCAAAGAGGGCUCGGACGACAUCGGCAUGGCCCAGCUCCCCGAAAUCCGCAGCUUCAUCAAGGAGAACAACGGGGCGCAUGCCCAGUGGAAUUGCGAUAGGUGUCGCCCUGCGAAUGACAAGAAGACACCCGACGAUGUCUCCAAGAAGAACGAUGCCGAGAAGGCCAUGGCUGUCCUCGAGGUGCUCGUCAACAAAGUGACCAAAUAAUGAAAAACAAACAAACCCUCAUUGCAUAUAUACUACUAGCUCUUGUUAAAGUUGUUUGAUUGAUUAUUAGUUUCCUUGAGUAAGUACGGUCAUGGUUUUGUUUUCUCCUUGACUUUUUUGGUUAUUAAACAAAUUAACUAUUCCAGUACUCA